ACAACGUGCGCCCGCGUGUCGUCCAUCCCGCUCUGACGCGGUCUCGCUCUAGCUUACGAGCGGCCAUCGCUCCGCUAUCCAUGUGUGCGUGUACACGCAUACGCCAAGAAUAAGCGGCAACGUCAGGCCAGUCGGGCGCGUGCCUCGGUCGCGAGCAGACGUGUGUGUUUGUCCCGCUCCCGCUAUGCCUCGCCCUCGCCCGAACCCACGCGUGCGCUGCGCCGUGCCCGGCUGCCGCUAUAAUGCUGGAAAACUGUUGAAAAAUACCACGUUGUUUUCCGUUCCUAAGGAUGAGAGACGCAAUGACUGGAUAAAAGCAAUAAAACCAGAAGACCGCAAAUACCCCCACCUAUUGGUCUGCAUACGACACUUCCUUGAUGACGACGUCGUUAUAAACAAGAAGAGAAAACGAAUUAUCUACGGCGCUAUUCCUUCCCGCAAUCUGCCAGAGUCUGAUGAAGACCCAGAACCACCAGUACAACAAGCUAUCGAAGAAUACAUUCCUGAAGAAGUAAAGUGUGAACCAGAUGAUGGUGCCAUAGUCGACUUGUUCACAGAGGAGGAAACGGUUGUGCAGAAAACACAGAAACGUACUUUAGAAUCGGAUGACUUGAGUGAAAUACCUGUAAAACGGGAGAAAGAAGAUGCAUAUGAGGAGGAAAGCGAAACACAGCCUUCGUAUAGAUAUGAUGAAAGUUUUCCAAGACCAAUACAAAUUCAGGAUCAAACAGCGAUUUUAGAUGAAAAAGUGCUUGAUUCAAAUGCAACCGAGCUAGAUUUGCUCAUCAGGUUAAGUAAAGCUUACUUAAGCUCGGAACUCGCUAAGUUUGUAGAAGUUCAGGCGUUAUUGAAAAGCGAAUUAAAAGCAGCAUUUAAGCGCAAGCGAUACAGUAAAGACAUGCUGUUUUUCGCGUUAAAGCUGUACCAUAAACAGCCGAAAAUGUAUGAAUUAAUGCAUGAGUCAUUCAAUCUGCCACCAUUGCUGAAGAUUAAACAGCUGUGUCGAAAUUUGAAUUGGGAGAUGAAUGAGAGCUGGAUGACGGUUCUCCGAGCGAGGUUUCAGUGUGCGUCGGCAGAGGAGCGAGAGUGCGUAGUAUGUAUAGCGAAGGUCAGGCUGUCGCUAGGUUUAUCGUACGAUCCAGUGCGCGAUCGCAUGGCCGGCCUGUAUGAGAUGAACGGUUCGCAGCGUCCUCAUACCGCACGCUACGCCACUGUUGUUUAUGCGAGAGGAAUCAUCUCCCGCUGGCGUCAGCCUCUCUCCUACGCUCUCCUCCCCUCCGGCUUUCGUCAGGAAGACCUCUGGUGCUGGUACGAACACCUCCUUACAAAUAUCUUCGAUAUCGGGCUGAAUGUCCGCGCAGUCAUCACCGAUUUCGACGACAACUACAACACGUCCAUAAGACCAUUAGGCUCUCUGAAAACCUACUUCCAAUUGAAAGACAAGCAGAUCUACUGCUUCUAUGAUUGCACGCAGUUGAUGGUGAAGUUACGUGACUGUUUUAAAAUGUGUAAUGUGAAUUUCAAAGGUAUGGUAGCGGAGUGGGACGUGAUUGAAGAACUGUUUGAGUAUGACAUCUCGGGGAGAUAUAAGCUCGGUGCGGGGUUGACAGCCGAGCACCUUAAACCAAGCGGGAGCGCGGCUCGUAAAACGAAGCUAGCAAUAGAAACGCUGUCUCCGAAAGUCGCAUCAGCUUUAGCCGCUGCCGUCGAUGUACGGAUCCUCGAUGACUCGGCCUACGGCACUAUAAAAUUCAUCAAGACUUUCAGCACUUUCUACGACAUCCUACACACAAAAGAACUCCCCGCGCUGGAGAAAGUGAUUCAUCCGGACAUGAAGUUCUUGCACGACAUGCUGAUGCAUCUUGAGAAGAUUUCAUUCAUGGACAAGCGUGAGAUGAGGAGCGUCGCAGACCCAGGGGUGAUCGGUGCGUUUACCAAAAACGUGCGUUCUAUCAUGGCGUUGCAGGAGCGCAUGCGGCGCGCCGGGUAUAAAUCCCUGCCGUUACGCGCUUUCAACAACGACCCAUUACAUCAGUUCUUCGACCUAAAAGGUGUCAACGGGAAGAAAGAUCCGACCGCCCGGCAGGUAGUCGAUGGCUUUAAAAGAAACUUCAUCUUCAACAUCAUGAAGUCUUUCAGUAAAAUGGGCAAGCUUGAUGACUUUCUUGCAUCCGCCAGCGAGAUUAAAAAUGUUGCAAUGGAAGUGGAGCCGCCGAAGAUAUUCAAAGGCUUGGUAAAGCCAUCCCACGUAGCUCUCCUGAAGCGUGUGACGAUGAGCCCAAAUAUCUUGCUAGCACAGUGUCUACGGCUGAAACCUUGCUGUGAACUAGGUCAACAGUUCUGCAAGAAGCCUCCUGCGGUCUUCGUCGAAUAUGUAAGCGAUAUGGAGCGUUGCUUCAAACAGUAUUUCGCACCAGAAAAGCUGACCGAGGGGGUGAUAGCCACUAUACUAGCUUCAAUAGAUGAAUUCCAGUUUCCAGCGCCGUGCCGCUGCUUCCCGAUUCUGCUCGUUAUCACCUUGUACUUGCGGUUCAGGAUCGCUAAUCUGAUUGAGUACAAUAAUACCAAGUUCAGACGCGGCAUCAGCCGUGACUUUACGAUGAAUGUUAAGAUCAAUUCUUAUUGAUGCAUUUACAGUGUAACUUAGUUAUUAAGACAAGACUGAUUUUGGUAAUUAUUAAUUUUAAGAGUACGUAUGUACCUACAUAGUACAUACAAAUUUCAAUAUGAAUGAGAAGUUUGUGAUUACACCUACAUAGGUGCUAAGUUUUUGAUUUAGUAUUUUGAACUGUUGUGUAAAAUUUUCUAUUGAUUCGAUCAUAUUAAACGUACUGCAACUACUGCAAGAUUAGCUAGUACUGAUAAGAAUAAACAGUACAUUAUAAUAUUUAUAAUCCAAAAGUGAGAUUAAUAAAUUCAUUGAUUGUUUUGGUUCCUAUUUUGAUCGUUUUCAGUAUUGCAGUUUUUUCAUCCCAGUCAUAUUAGAAAAAAAAACUGUGAUCAAAAUUUGUUGUAUUGUGCUUAUUAAAUUUAGUUCCUAAUUCUUAUCUAAGUAAUUCGUGGGUCGAAUUUUCAUAGUUUAUAAUCGCCAUUCUCAAACUGUGCUUCGCGGACCCCUAAGGCUCCGCGAAGCCUCAGUCGGGGCUCCGCGAGAAUACAUCUAAUAAUAAGAAAAAAAACCUGCUUAUUUAAUUUGGGGCUCCGUCAAAUAUUUCGCUUUCCAGAAGAGUUCCGUCACCAAAAAAGUUGACGCUGACACCGCUGGUUUAUAACAUCUGUCAAAUGGCUAAUGUAUCUCAGCGCCGCA